UCACGGCCACGCGGGAGGGGCGCGGGCCCCGCGCGCAUCACUUCCUCGGCGCCUCCAGGGCGCGGACGCGGCUGGGCUCUGGCGCGCCCCCGACCCAUGGCGGGCCCGGCGCCGCCCGCGGCCGACGAGCUCCCGGGCCCGGCCGCCCGGCGCGUCUACUCCAGGAUGGAGGCCUCGUGCCUGGAACUGGCCCUGGAGGGCGAGCGCUUGUGCAAGGCGGGCGACUUCAAGGCAGGCGUGGCCUUCUUUGAGGCCGCCGUGCAGGUGGGCACCGGAGACCUGCAGACGCUGAGUGCCAUCUACAGCCAGCUGGGCAAUGCCUACUUCUACCUGAGGGAGUUCGCACGGGCGCUGGAGUACCACAAACACGACCUGCUGCUGGCCCGGACUAUUGGUGACCGCAUGGGGGAAGCCAAGGCCAGCGGGAACCUGGGCAACACACUCAAGGUCCUGGGCCGCUUUGACGAGGCCAUCGUGUGCUGCCAGCGGCACCUGGCCAUCGCCCAGGAACAGGGCGACAAGGUGGGCGAGGCCAGGGCGCUGUACAACAUGGGGAACGUGUACCACGCCAAGGGCAAGCAGCUGUCCUGGAAUGCGGCCCAGGACCCGGGGCGCCUGCCGCCUGACGUCAGGGAGACACUGUGCAGGGCGUCCGAGUUCUACGAGAAGAACCUGACCCGAGUGAAGGAGCUUGGCGACCGGGCUGCCCAGGGCCGGGCCUACGGCAACCUGGGCAACACUCAGUACCUGCUGGGGAACUUCACGGAGGCCGCCACCUUCCACAAGGAGCGUCUGGCCAUCGCCAAGGAGUUUGGGGACAAGGCGGCCGAAAGGAGAGCCUACAGCAACCUGGGCAAUGCCCACAUCUUCCUGGGGCGCUUUGAUGUGGCCGCUGAGUACUACAAGAAGACACUGCAGCUGGCCCGGCAGCUCCGGGACCAGGCUGUGGAGGCCCAGGCCUGUUACAGCCUUGGCAACACCUACACGCUGCUGCAGGACUACGAGCGUGCCGCAGAGUACCACCUGCGCCACCUGCUCAUCGCCCAGGAGCUGGCCGACAGGGUGGGCGAGGGCCGGGCAUGCUGGAGCCUGGGCAACGCCUACGUGUCCAUGGGGAGCCCCGCACAGGCCUUGACCUUCGCCAAGAAGCACCUGCAGAUCUCCCAGGAGAUUGGAGACCGCAAUGGUGAGCUCACGGCCCGCAUGAACGUGGCACAGCUGCAGCUGGCCCUGGACCGCCUGGGUAGCCCGGCGGCUGCCGAGAAGCCUGACCUAGCCGGCUACGAGGCACAGGGAGCCAGGCCCAAGAGGACACAGAGGUUGAGCGCCGACACGUGGGAGCUGCUGCGGCUACCUCUGGAGCGGGGGCAGAAUGGAGACAGCCACCAUAUGGGGGACUGGCGGGGAACAGCCAGGGACACACUGCCCCUCCCCGUGAGGAGCCGGAAGUACCAGGAGGGGCCCCCUGAGGGCAGCCCUGCCCCGCUGGACAGCGCUGACGUCCGCGUGCAGGUGCCGAGCACAUGUAUCCCCAGGGCACCGUCGGCUGACGAGGAGUGCUUCUUCGACCUGCUCAGCAAGUUCCAGAGCAGCCGCAUGGACGACCAGCGCUGCCCACUGGAGGAGGGCCAGGCCGCGGAGGCCACAGCGGCCCCCGCCACGGAGGAGCGAGGCGCCCAGCCCUCCGUGACGGCCUCCCCGCAGACCGAGGAGUUCUUCGAUCUCAUUGCCAGCUCCCAGAGCCGCCGGCUGGAUGACCAGCGGGCCAGUGUGGGCAGCCUACCAGGGCUGCGUAUCACCCACAGCAACGUGGGCCACCUCCGGACCAACGGGGACACCCAGGAGCCAGGGGACGAGUUCUUCAACAUGCUCAUCAAGUACCAGUCAUCCCGGAUUGACGACCAGCGCUGCCCACCGCCUGAGGUGCUGCCCCGGGGCCCCACCAUGCCGGACGAGGACUUCUUCAGCCUCAUCCAGAGGGUGCAGGCCAAGCGCAUGGAUGAGCAGCGGGUGCACCUGGCCACGAGCCCGGAGCAGGAAGCCAGGGGGGCCCCUGAGCCUCGGCAGCAGUGCCAGCCCAGCCCCAGCUAAGACCUCCCCAGCCCCCACUGCUGCUCUAGUGGGGCU